AAAGCUUCAAUGAGCAAGACUACAUUGUGUCAGUUAAGAUUGAAUGCAUCCAUUAAGCCAGUGCAACAUAAUUGAAGAAUAAAACCAGUCAGUGAUCGAAUGUGAUAUGAUUGAAAUUAUUUAAGCGUUACCAUUAUUUUGUGUAUGUGUGUAUGUGAGCUUUUUAUACCCGAAACCAAAAACUAAACCUAGAAACAAAAAAGUUGCGUGUAAAGUCAAAUUAUGUGCACGAAAAUAGAAAUGGAAUCAUGUGUUUUAAUGUUUCGUUCCAAUAUGUGCAACAGAUAUGAGAAUGACGUAGACAAAACAUAGUGAAUAACACGAACAAAUGUUAUCAGUGCUUUUGGGAACGAAAACGAUAACAAUGAACCGGGGAGAGCAAGAAACUCUCUACAGACAAGCACGAAAUUUACGUCUAAAUCAGGAAAUUAAUGCUAAAAGUAAUCAACCGAGACAUCAUUCAUACGGCAAUAUUCAUUCAAUAACGUCACAUAAUCUCCAUCCUAUAAAGCAACAAAAUAUGAAUGUACAUUCAGCAUUUGGAAACAAUGAACAACAACGUGCAACAGCAUCCGAUGAUUUAGUAUUGAGUGUACUCAAAAGUCCAAUACGUGAUCAAUCUUUAUUCAGUAACUUAAGUAGCAAUGCAGCAACAAGUAUUAAUAGUGAUAGCAUUGAGGGUAGUGCAAAUCGUUUAUCGACCGUCACAACGGUGACAACAGCUGAUAAUGUAUUAAGUCAGUCGCAGUAUGGUGGUGGACAAUAUUCAGCAUUGCAAGCAUCAGAAGAUGAUUUAGCGGAUGAUGUUGAAGCAUCAAUGGAAACAACUGAACUGCAAAAUGAUAAAAAGUCAAAUUUUAAUAAUUCUGAGUUGUCGCCUUAUGGAUUAAAGUUCCUGAGGCACUUUCGUACGCCAAAAUUUGAAGCGCACCAUCAUCGACGUGUUCCAAUAGCUAUGCGAAAACAUAAUCGUGGACGAUCGAAAUCGUCUGCUGAUAUACUCGAUGGAGUAAAUCAAGGUAAUCCUGAUGAGGAAAUUGCCAUUCAAGAUGGUGCUACUGAGGGAAUUGAAGGAGUUGAUAAUCCAUAUUAUCCAAUAGCACUUCCUAUUGAUCAAGCUUUUAAAGCGAAAUAUGUAUUUCAUCAUAGACGUGGUAAAACAUUUCAAGAACGACUUUAUGUGUUCCUUGAACAUCCCGGAGGAUGGUUGUGCUUUAUAUACCAUUUUGCUGUAUUUAUGCUCGUAGUCGUAUGCUUAAUAUUUAGUGUUUUAUCAACGAUAGAUACAUACCAAGAUUUUGCAAACGAGACACUUUUUUGGACGGAAAUAUGUUUAGUUUUCUUCUUCGGUGUUGAGUAUAUUGUUCGACUGUGGUCAGCAGGUUGUCGAUCGAAAUAUAUGGGAUUUUGCGGUCGACUAAGGUUUGUGAGGAAGCCGAUAUGUAUUAUAGAUUUAAUUGUUGUGGUUGCAUCACUUGUUGUACUCACAGUUGGAAGCAAUGGGCAAGUGUUUGCGACAAGUGCGAUAAGAGGUAUUCGAUUUCUACAAAUUCUCCGCAUGCUUCAUGUUGAUCGACAAGGUGGAACUUGGAGGCUGCUUGGUUCUGUUGUGUUUAUACAUCGACAAGAAUUGAUAACGACGUUAUAUAUUGGAUUUCUCGGGUUAAUAUUCAGCUCGUACUUUGUAUAUCUUGCUGAAAAGGAUUAUGUAGACGAUACAAAAGAUUAUCCGAAAGACACACCAAAGGAUCAUUUCAACAGCUAUGCUGAUGCUCUAUGGUGGGGCGUAAUAACAGUUACAACCAUAGGCUACGGAGACAUUGUGCCUAAAACGUGGAUGGGAAAGAUAGUGGCAUCGUGUUUUAGCGUAUUUGCAAUUUCCUUUUUUGCACUACCUGCUGGAAUUCUGGGAUCAGGUUUUGCACUAAAAGUUCAACAAAAGCAAAGACAAAAACAUUUCAAUCGUCAAAUUCCGGCAGCAGCUAUGCUAAUUCAAUGUCUGUGGCGUUGUUAUGCGGCUGAUAAAAGUUUCAAUAGUGAAGCAACAUGGAAAAUUUACGUGCAAAGCAAUAACAAUUAUGACUCUAAUGGAAACACUAAUGUUCUACCAACACAACUAGGCAAGACGCUGAUGGUGCAGGUAGCGCGAAGGUCAGCAUCUGUACUGAAGAGGCGAAAAUCCCGCAAUCGAAUGGAAGUGUCGAAUGUAGCUGAACGAAAUCAUGAGGGUCCGGCGUCAGGUGGUGGUAGCAUUACGGAAAUGCCCAACACACCAAAUGUCGAUACACAAUUGUCAAAAGAGGCAGAAAGCGAAGUCAUUUAUUAUAUGGACGAGCCUCAUGCACCAGGUCGAGUGAAACGACAACCAUUUGUCAGCCAAACAAGUUCUGUGACAGAGACUCACAGCGAUGAUGUAGAGGCAGAACAAGAAGGUGAUGAAGACAUUGAGCCGGCUCGAGUGACACAGUUGACAGAAGCACAUCGCAAUGCCAUUCGAGCAAUUAGAAAAAUUAAAUAUUUUGUGGCGAGACGAAAAUUUCAACAGGCUAGAAAGCCUUAUGAUGUUCGUGACGUUAUUGAGCAGUACUCACAAGGUCAUCUCAAUAUGAUGGUUAGGAUAAAGGAACUACAGAGACGAUUAGAUCAAACGCUCGGAAAGCCAGGCUCAUAUCUCGCUGGAUUUGAUCGCAUAGGAAAUGUAAAACCAAUGACUGUCGGUGCACGUAUGUAUCGAGUAGAGCAACAAUUAAAUUCAAUGGAUCGUAAAUUGGAUCAAUUAGUGCAUGCAAUAAACAAUUUAACAAUACAACAAGCGAAAAUGAUGGCAUCUCCACAGCAGCAUCAUCAACAUCAACAUUUCAGUUACGGUCCGCUUGCUUUACCGCCAGCAUUUGAUAACAUUCAACUUUCAACAGCAAUGACGGCGCAACAAUUACAAGGUUUACAAUUACCUCCUGGUCCAUCACAAUCAAAUACUCCAACAACAUCAAUGGUGCCGUAUCUUGAGGAUGAUGUGUAAAAUAUGGAAGUUAAGAGAAAACUUUAUUUUCUUCAGCAUAGUCGUGAGUGAAAAAGCUUCCAAAAAAAAUUUAAGAAAAUUAAUCUUUAAAAUUUUCAUAUUCUGAGCCCGAGUGAAGCUUCAAAAAAGCUAAUAUUAGGCUUGUAUAAUAUGACAAAUUCUCCUUAAAGGCUGCAUCUUUGAUGCAUGUCACUCGGAUUACACUGUGAUCUAGAUCUUAAGACAUGUUGAAAAAUUGUUCGAAUGUUAAGAAAUUUUUGGUGUCGAAGAAAAAAGCAUAGAAUAAACAUGAUUGGGUCUUUGGGGUACGAAUCAGAAAUGAGGUAUAAAAUUAUGAACUUUUUGAAGCUCCUGAGUUCAUUUUGAAAAUUUGCAAACUGGGUAUCAUGUAAUAACUCACGAUGAAUCUUCGGAAUCUAUUUUAAGAUCUCUUAAAAAAAUGCAAUAUAAUUUUAUAGAUUGAGAAUACUUCAAAACUAAAACAAAAAGCAAAUCUAUUAAAAUUGCAUAAUUUCACAGAGAGUAUGGAUGAGAAACUGUUUUAGAAAUAGAACUAGCAAAAACAAACUUUGUCAACGACCAUGACACGUUAAAAAUAGGUGUUGACACCGGUUCUCGUCCAAUCACCGAAGUUAAGCUACGUCUAGCAUAGUUGGUACUUAGAUGGGAACGCUCUGUGCUGUUAACUUUUUGCUUGUUUGCCUUCAAAAAUUUAUCAAUCUUUUUUUUUAUGCUAGCUUAGCUUGACUUAUAUAAAAAUUAAUGUAUGCCACAAAAUAGUUUUAUUACCAACCUUGAUUGCAAAUCUUCACCAGAUACCAAACAUCUGGUUCAAUCAAUUAAUACCCUCAGUACAAUGUUGAAAAAAACAGACAUGUGAUAAAUUUCACUUGACCCCACAUGAAUCUAAAGCUACAAAAAAUAUAGAGAUUAAGAUUGAAGCUAAGUACGAAAAAAAAACUUAUGUUAAUUGUAUCCAAAAAAAGUAACAAUCAAUUCCAUUUAACCUUGUAAAUUGAAAGUAAUUGUGUAAAGAAAUCUGUGAUAGUG